GAAGCGAUGACUUUGUGGCCCCUCAGGAACUUGAUCCGGAUGUCCUUGCUGGCCGUCCUGGUAACCGCGGCGUGGACGGCCCCCGCCGAGGAGCGGGAGGAAGAGGCGGAGCUGACCGAGGAGGCGGAGGGCGAGCGGUCCGAGGAGGACGAGGCAGGAUCUCCGGGCGCCCACCAGAGCGCGGCAGCGGAAGCUUCGGGCGUCCGGGCCGAGGCGUCGUCCCUUCCCGACGUCGGCGGUGCGCGCGAAGCAUCGGCGGCCGCGGGACACGCCGACGGGGACGCUUCGGCGGACUCCGACGCCGUGGACGCGCAUUCCAACGGUGAACGUCUUUCCGAUAAAACGGCCACCGUGACGUGCGAUCCACCGAAUCCCUUUGCUUACGCGCAUGAGCGUUGCGCUUCAGCCCACCGAGAGAAGCCGUCGGACGCAGCGGGCGGAGAUGCGGGGGCCGCAGGGCGGCCGACGUCCCUUGAGGGAGGAGCUUCUGACCCGGACUACGCGGGAACGGCGGAGGGUCGCUUCCCGCUCGGCCUGCCGGGUGAAGCAACUUGGACGGAGGCCACAGAUGAAGAAAGCUUGAGCGACUCGGACGUCAUCAACCAGGCAGCAGGAGGACACGCCUCGGACCCAUCGCCUUCGACUGCGGGCGCGGACCGCACCCACCGAGACUUGCUACCUUUCUGGAUGUCGGCGUCAUCGCAGCAAGCAGGCAAAGACCGGUCCCAAGCGCACGGAAACGGCCGACAGACUCAGCCGGCGGACAAAGACGGAGUGACGGCUCAGCCGACUUCAUUUGGCGAACCUCCGGCGGACCGACUCCCGUGGGCGGCCGCGGGAACCGAGCGGACGCGGCCGUCCGCGACCGCUCCGGUCCUUCGCCUUUCAACUCGGGCCCAGGACGUGAGCCGUCGCCACGCGGACGGCACGGUGUCGCCCGUGAGCACCGAGCCGGCGGGGGCCGCUUCCGCCAGCACACUUCUGUCAGGCACGCGGAUGUGGCGCACUGACACCGUUACCGUGGCAACGGAAUCACUCUUUUCAGAGCCAACAGGAACGUCCUUGGUCUCCAGUGGCGGACGGGCGUCCGAAGAACCCCGCGAGGCCGGCUCCGUCGGCGGACAGUACAACGUUUGGGGUCAGGGUCCUGAAGGUGAGGCCAUCUUCGGCUCACCGGCGGUUUACGUCGCCGCGACGACCGCGCUCCAUCCCAUAAGUUCCGUGGCCGUUUGUUUCGACAGCUGCAAACGACGUCGAACUGGAGGAAAUCUGCUGACUUGGGCCGCGAGCCUCGAGUUGGCUUUUCCCACCGCCGCCUCCGGUGCGCCGGCCAAUCGGAACGCUACUUCGGUCGCCUUGAGGCCCUGCUCGCCCACAGGCAGGGUCAUUUGUUUGGAAAUAUUUAAAAAGAUGGAUAGCAUCACUUUUAGAAGCAGGUGGACUGGACAUUAAAAUGUCUUUGAACACAA